AUUCACUCUCUUUUUACUCUGCUGCCCCUCUAUUUGUUUUUACAUACAUUAAUUCUUUUCUUAACAAAUUGUUAAGGCUCAAGGGGAAAAAAGGAGACAUGGGUCGAAUUCCUUGUUGUGAGAAGGACACUGUGAAGAGGGGACAAUGGACUCCUGAGGAAGACAAUAAGCUCUCCUCUUACAUUGCCCAACAUGGCACCCGUAACUGGCGACUCAUUCCCAAGAACGCCGGUCUCCAAAGGUGUGGGAAGAGUUGUCGGCUCAGGUGGACUAAUUACCUCCGCCCCGACCUUAAACAUGGCCAAUUCUCUGAUGCAGAGGAGCAGACUAUUGUCAAACUUCACUCUGUUCUCGGCAACAGGUGGUCACUGAUUGCAGCUCAGCUACCUGGCCGGACUGACAAUGACGUUAAGAAUCACUGGAACACUAAGCUAAAGAAGAAGCUUUCUGGCAUGGGGAUUGAUCCAGUCACCCACAAGCCUUUCUCUCACCUCAUGGCUGAGAUAGCCACCACAUUGGCUCCACCACAGGUGGCUCAUCUGGCCGAAGCAGCGUUGGGCUGCUUCAAGGAUGAGAUGCUCCACCUCCUCACAAAGAAACGUGUCGAAUUCCAGCUCCACCAACCCAACACAGCAGUAGGAACCACCACUGUCCCUUACAUCAGCAGUAAACAUGAGGAAAAAGAUGAUACAGUUGACAAGAUCAAGCUUAACUUAUCAAGGGCAAUACAGGAAACUGAUUCGUUACCCUCGGGUAAGCCAUGGGACAAUGCCGGCUUAACCUCUGCUAACCUUGCAGGGGGCGGAAGUAUUUUCCCAUCAACCCUUUCUGGAUACCAGUAUGGCACAACAUCUUUUGGCAACGAAGGGGCCGUAUCACCAUGGGAUCAGAGUUUGUGCACUGGUAGCACGUGCACAGCAGGGGAACAAGGAAGGUUGCAUGAAAAAUUAGAGGAUGAAAAUGGUGAGGAAUCCGAUGGGGGAAAAGACAUUAGGAAUAUGUCCAGCAUAUUCAAUACUGAAUGUGUCCUAUGGGAUAUACCGUCUGAUGAUCUUAUAAAUCCUAUGUAGUUUAAGGAGGCUUCCAAAAUAAAGGUUAUGGAGGCAA